GAAGGAAAUAAAUGAGCAAGCAGCCUUCAAUAUUCUUCCCAAAUUACACCCAUUUCUUCCUUUUCAACAAAAAUUGACUUCGAAUUCAAGGUUAGUGGAUUGUUAAUCCAAUCAAAUUCCAGUUUUCCUAUGAAAUGAGUCUCCCUCUCUUUAAGCUUGGUACUCUUGUUUUAAAAACCGCUUGUAAACCUAUCGCUACCAGAUUAAAACUAGAAGCUGGAAAACACCCCAGAUUUCGCCAACUCAUCAUCAAUUUCGCCCAGACAAACCACAGACUUACGACAACUGUGCAAAGAAGGAUUUACGGUCAUGCAACUGAUGUUGCGAUCCAACCUUUGAAUGAAGAGAACGCUGUUAAAGAUGCUGCAGACCUUCUUGGAGAAAUGUUCGUCUUUUCGGUUGCUGGUGCUGCUCUUAUCUUUGAGGUUCACAGAAGUGCUAAAUCUGAAGCCAGAAAGGAGGAGUUACGGACGCAGGAGCUUGAGGCAAUAAAGCAAAAAGAGGAACAUUUAGAAAGAGAACUGGAGCUCAUUAGAGGGGAACUGGAAGAACUGGAGCAGCUAGCUAAGGCCCGAGGACUCUAUGGUAUUUUCAACUUUAGGUAUCCUAAUGGCAAUGAAAAUGCCAAAUCAGGCUCAGAAGUUCAUUCGAACAAUGAUGGCCAGUCAGCAGCAAGCAAUGCUCGGACAACUGAAGAUCCCGAGUCCUCUGACCCACCUGGUCAUUGAUCGAGACGUAGAGAACACUCGCAAAAUUUAUAGUUUCGAAUAAACGUGUGGGUAGGUUGACCUGAACCAUUUACCAAAUGAUUGCAUCAGUUAAAAAAGUAAGCGCACCUUUGUUAUUGAAUUUUCUCUAUAGUAGUUAUGUUGGGAAACAUUUUGUCAUCUGGAAAUUUGUUGUACACGAGGGAGUGGUCUUCACUGAGCAAAUUGUAGCAAUAGCUAGUGGUGACCGUGGCUUCAAUAUAUACAUACGUUCAAGCAUUACAUGCUGCAGUUCUAGCAUUUUAACUGCA